GAAUCCAAGCCAACUGAAUGGGGGGUGGGUGGAUCUCCAACUCCUCCUCAUCAUCUCGUUUUGGAAGCUCAUGGCCACGGUGCUCUCCGAUUCACCCUCUAUAUAUUCAUCCUUCUCUCUCUCCCUCUCAUUGGAUCCAUCCCCACUGAGAAAAGGAGGAUUUUGAAAGAACCACUCAUCCCCAAAUUCCUGAUGGGAGAAGUUGCAAAGGACUUAACUUCUGGCACUAUUGGAGGGGCAGCACAAUUGAUUGUCGGUCACCCCUUUGACACUAUCAAGGUCAAACUGCAAAGCCAGCCUGCACCACUGCCUGGGCAACUUCCCAAGUAUGCCGGUGCACUCGAUGCAGUCAAGCAAACAAUUGCAGCAGAAGGCCCAGGGGGCUUAUACAAAGGGAUGGGAGCCCCGCUCGCCACUGUUGCAGCUUUCAAUGCCGUUCUUUUUACUGUCCGUGGUCAGAUGGAGGCACUGCUGAGGUCCGAACCUGGCGCUGUGCUCUCAGUGAACCAGCAGAUUGUUUGUGGUGCAGGAGCUGGUGUUGCAGUUUCUUUUCUGGCAUGCCCAACAGAACUCAUAAAAUGCAGGUUACAAGCACAGAGUGCUCUAGCAGGAUCCGCCUCCUCAACCGGAGCAGUGAAGUAUGGAGGGCCAAUGGAUGUGGCAAAACAUGUUCUUAAGGCCGAAGGGGGUUUAAGAGGUUUAUACAAAGGCCUUGUACCGACAUUGGCACGAGAAGUCCCAGGAAAUGCUGCAAUGUUUGGCGUGUAUGAAGCCCUGAAGCAAUACUUCGCAGGGGGCAAAGACACUUCCGGGCUAGGAAGGGGUUCUUUGAUGACCGCUGGAGGCCUCGCUGGUGCAGCAUUUUGGGCUAUAGUGUAUCCGACUGACGUAGUAAAGAGUGUAAUUCAGGUGGAUGACUAUAAGAAUCCAAAGUAUUCGGGCUCUAUUAACGCCUUCAAGAAGAUUUUCGCAUCUGAAGGCGUCAAAGGCCUUUAUAGAGGCUUCGGGCCUGCAAUGGCUCGCAGUAUUCCGGCCAAUGCUGCUUGUUUCUUGGCUUAUGAAGUGACGAAAAUCUAGUUUGGGAUGAUGAGCUCAAACUCACUGUCACUGCAUUCUGAAAUUUCUUGCUCAUUUGUGAUUCAUCAUGUAAUCUCCUCUCAAAACAGGGGUAUCAUGACACAUUUUGGUUUCAUUGUUGUCUUUGUUUUUCCUGUCAUAGCUAGCCAUUGAAUAAUGUUUUAUUUUCUUCUUCA